CGCCAAAUGCCAUGCCUCAGAAGAAGAGCAAAGGAACUCUCAACAGGCAGGUCUCGGGGGAAGAUGAGGAUCUCUCAGCUUUGGGCGUGCCACUGGAUGCUGUGGUGAAGAUCUGGUGUGUGCACAGCAUACCAAACUUCUCACUCCCAUGGCAGAGAAGGAGGCAAGAGAGAUCGACAGGAUCCGGCUUUUGCAUCGAUGCGGAGCGUCGCGUGCUCAUCACCAAUGCCCAUUGUGUUGAAUGGCACGCACAGGUGAAGGCGCAGCGCCGUGGUUCAGACGUGAAGCAUUUGGCGAAGGUCCUCUCUGUGGGCUGGGAGUGCGAUGCUGCCGUCCUCACAGUGGAAAAUGAUGAGUUUUGGGAAGGUCUUCAGCAAGUCAAGCUCAGCCAGAAGCUGCCUCACCUGGAAGAAGAUGUCUUGUGUGUUGGCUUUCCGAUUGGCGGCGAUACAAUUUCUGUAACAUCCGGAGUUAUAUCGCGCAUCGAGGUCACCACUUACACCCAAGCAUCUGCGGAACUGCUGGGCAUCCAAAUAGAUGCUGCCAUCAACAGUGGCAACAGUGGUGGCCCCGCUUUCAACCGAAAUGGUGAAUGUGUUGGCAUUGCCUUUCAGAGCAUGAACGCCGAUGAGGCAGAGAACAUCGGUUAUGUCAUCCCAAGCCUGGUGGUGACCCAUUUUCUGAAAGACCUGCUGACGCAUGGGAAGUACACGGGCUUCCCCACCUUGGGGGUUGAGACGCAGACAAUGGAGAAUUCCCAGCUGCGUGAAUCCUUCGGCAUGAGUGACAAGCAGAAAGGGGUCCUCAUCAAUCGGGUGACGCCAACUUCUGCAGCAGCAGAGGUGCUGAAGGCCAACGACGUUUUGCUGGCCUUUGACGGUGAACCGAUUGGAAACGAUGGAACCAUCCGCUUUCGCAAACACGAGAGAGUCAUGUACUCUUGGCUAGUAGCACAGAAGUUCUUCGGUGAGAAAGCCACACUUACAGUCCUUCGAGAAGGCAAAGAGUUGGAGCUGGAAAUUCCUAGUCUGUACCCAGAGGUGCCCCUCGUCCCUGUACAUCUCUUCAACAAACCAGUGCCAGGCCCGUCAUACUUCAUCGUCGCUGGAUUGGUCUUCACAGUCCUUUCUGAGCCCUUGCUGGAGUCAGAGUUUGGGUCUGAUUGGGAGCACAAAGCUCCGGUUGAAAUGGUGAAGUCUGCCAUACAGUCCCGUGCGGACUCGCGAGAUCAACAGCUGGUGCUGCUCACCCAGGUGCUCGCUCACGAACUGACCAUGGGCUAUGAUCACCUGGAGAACAUGCAACUCAUUGCGGUGGGUGAUGUGCCCGUGCUGAACCUGCGACAUGCCAUGGAGCUGACGGAAGCCUGCGAGGGGCCAUAUCUGCGCUUCAACCUGCAGCAGAACCAGGUCCUGAUCCUCCGGGCAGCAGAAGCGCGGAAAGCUACGGCUGAAAUUCUGGUCAAGCACGGCAUCCCACAAGAAAGGAGUCCUGAUCUGAUUGAAGACUCGGGCUCGAAGUGAGACAGGACCUGAAGACAAAGCUUCAGAAGCUGAGCAGCGAGCGUUGAAAA